AUGGGUACAUCGAAUACACAAACAGAAAAUGAUCAUAAACAUAACAAUGAAGAGGCCAAUCCUGGAGGAACAUCUAUCGAAGCAUUUUUCGCAGCAUCAGUUAUUCUUAUCACAGGAGCUACAGGAUUCCUUGGAAAAGCUCUGCUAGAAAAAUUACUACGAUCAUGUCCAAGAAUAUCCACGAUUUACGUGUUUGACAGAAUAAGACGAGAAUGCCCGAGUGCAUUUAGCAAAAUAAUCCCGGUAAUGGGUGACGUCAGCCAGCCGGACCUAGGUCUAAGUGAGCAGGACCGUUUGAUGUUAACACAAAAAGUAAACAUCGUGUUCCAUGGUGCAGCUACGGUCAGGUUCAAUGAACCAUUAAAAGUCGCUAUGACUUUGAACACACGCGGUACUGAACGUGUUGUCGAACUUUGUACUGGAAUGAUAAAUCUCAUUAGUUUCAUUCACGUUAGCACUGCCUACAGUAAUCCUGAACAGGCUGAAGUUGAUGAAAUUAUUUACAGCACAAAAAUAAUGCCAGAAAUUGCAAUAGACAUGUGUGAAAAUCUAGACGACGAGACAUUGGCUAUCCUGGAAGAAAAAUUAAAAGGCCGGCAUCCAAACACAUACACGCUGACCAAAAGAUUGGCUGAAUUAAUUAUUUUAAAAAGAGGAACAAGUCUACCUGUUGCAAUAGUGCGUCCAAGCAUUGUCUGUGCAGCUUAUCGCGAGCCAUAUCCAGGUUGGAUCGAUAACACCAGUGGCCUUACGGGCCUGAUCGUCCAAAUUAGUCGUGGUACUCUGAAAAGUGUCUACUGCAAGAAAAAUCUUAAGGUUGACAUUAUUCCAGUGGAUUUCGUUGUCGAUACUCUAGUUUGCGCAGCCUGGCACAAUGUUAUGAGACGCACUAAUACCAUUAAAAUUUAUAAUUGCGUUAGCGGGGCUCGUAAUCCUAUCACAUGGGGAAAAUUCGGUUAUUAUCUCAACAAAUAUGCCGUUGAAUCUCCGACAAAACUUGCCGUCUGGUAUCCAGGGUUCAAUUAUACACCCAGUUUGUUAUUUCAUAAAAUUUCCACGGUGCUGUUUCACCAUGUGCCUGCAUUUAUCAUUGACAUUGUUUUGAAAUUCCGAGGGGAAAAACCCAUGAUGUUGAAAUUAUCAAAACGUUUCGCGCGAAUUGCAUCAACAGGCUACUACUUUGCUAACAAUGAAUGGAAUUUUUUGAGCGAUAAUGUUAAUCAAUUAUCGGAAUGCGUAAAAACUGUCACUGACAGCAGUAACUUUAACGUUGAUAUUAAAACACUUGACUGGAGUACUUACGUCCAUGGAUAUAUAUUAGGAAUAAGAAAAUAUAUACUUAAAGAUGAGCUUGAGACACUAACACAAGCGCGGAAUCGAUUGUCCAAACUCUACUGGUUCCAAAGAAGCAUGCAGGCACUGAUGGCGUUGCUUCUCAUAAAAUUAAUCCUUCGGUGA